UGGCACUUGCGGAUAGCUAUUUGCAGUUCGUCAAGCCGUCUGACCAAGAUUCUGCUCGGUCAACAUUCGUAUCCAGCACGCAGGCCACCAGAAAAGACAAUGGUAGGAUUACCUAGCUCGUUGACUUGGUGCCUAUGGUAAAGUACAAAAGACGACACUGCCCGCGCUCACUGGCCUAAGUAUACACUAUAAUCUCCCCAUCAUUCUUUGGCUGUUGUCUUGAACUAUCUUAGUUCGUCAUGCCUGUCUCUCGCUAUCUCUCUGUGACAGCUCUCGCUGCUCUGCUCUCGUUAGUCAUCUCAGAUGAUGUAUACAAUCCCGACUCCAUCUGCUACUCCUACGGUGUAGACUUUGUCGAUGAGGGGAACUACUUCAUCAACUCGCUUUCUACCGAUCCCUUCACUAGUGUUUCCACUUUCAAGGGGUGUAAUACAGAUGUGGCGGAUAUCGUACUCAUCGACCCUAAUAACAUCGAAUAUCUUUGCGACGAGAUCCCUACUACCCCAGCCGAUACAAAGCAGUUGUCGAAAUGUCCGAUUCAGAAGAAUCAGAUGUCUUCUGGGCACUGGCUUCUUCUCAUCCUGGGUAACAACGGUGCUUAUCCAGCUCAGCCAUUUGCAUGGCAGCGAGACCUCUACCUUACAUUGGGCCCACAAGUAACAAGCACAUACACACCAACAAUGACGGCCAGCACGACUAUUAUUCCCAUCACGACCAAGACGACGACUACAACGUCUCUGCUCGUGACCGAGGUUGGCCCGUUCACAACCUUUACCAUUCCAAGCGCGACAGCCAAGAGGACCAAGACAAUCACGCCUAAAGCUGUCACAACUACCUCCACUAAGACCUUGACGAAGACCAGACUGGAUGCUACUCGAGUGUUUGUUACUACUACACAGACAGCCACCGCCACCUGCACACUGCCCGGCCGUCCUCAGCCGGAUAAGCCUUGCCGCUACACUCCAACACUUCUCCACCCCGCUGCCCUGGCCACGCCUACCCAAAUUUCCAAGAACCGCUACAUGCGCCGUUCAGAUCGUGUUGUUGAUUACGAAUGGGCACGUGCGCGUGUUGAAGCAGCCAAGCAGAGGCGCAACGCACAGGCUCAGGGUCUCCAGCGCCGUGCUCCAGAUGAGGAGACCACGACUCUCACAGCCGCGACUCCGGUCACGACGACCACUACUGUUACCGCUGACGCGACCACUACUACGGAAACCGUUCUGGAAACUCAGACUAGCACAUCCGAGCUACCACCAGCCACUGUUUACUCGGGCGUCUUUACUUACACAACUACGCUGCCGACACCAACGAAGACUCGCCUCAGAAUUGGCUGGGCUACUACCACGAAGACUAUCACAUGGGGGGCUACUUUCACGAGGCACACUACUGUCACUCCAGCAGCGUCAGUCUCGGCUUGCAAGAAGGCCGGUGGUCACUUCUAGAGAAGUUAACAGACUUUUGCAAUCGGCGCUCCACGCUUCGAUAUCAUGACUAUUCCUCGAUUCAGCGUUUCAUUUCUUGGUCAAUACCACAAGACAGCAUUGCAUAGACACGUAGCAACUAUCCAUGAAUCUCUCCAUCAAA